GACAGUUAUUUCAGCUGCAUGUUGCUAAAGCCCUAUCCGUCUCCAACGGAGUUUACCCAGCCGAUAACCCUGCACCAAAACCAAGGAAAACAGACCAAAGAUAUUCUGGAGAAGUUGAGUCAAUACAGGAAAGGAAAAUACAUUUGCUAACUGAAGGAAAAUUAUCUCAAGGGACUUGAAAACGGAAUAACCAAACCUGAGACAGACAAGGUAUUUGCAUGAAAUCUAUAUUAUUUAUUUUCCUAGUUGUGUGUGAAAAUAUAUGACUUCUAACUCUGUAAGAAUGUUAACUGUUUGUUCUGAGUGGGCUACUGACGACUAUUAGUUUACUAGCUAGCCUAUGACGGGUAGGCAUGGGUUCAAAAGUACAGCCUACUAAUCUGCGCGCGUAACGGUGAGGAUGGCUCGGUGAUUUCAGGUUCCUCGGAAUGGGAGUGGUUGGGGACGAGUGACUCGAUGUCUUUAUCUUAUGUUGGAUAUUCACACGCAUCACUUACAAAACGCACCUAAAAAGGAGCAGCCUUCCGGAGUUCUUCUCUUAGGACUGGACGGCCACACAGAGAUAACCACGCAACACCUUGUAAAUGCCUCUGAAAUAUUAACAUCCUAUUUUUGGUUGUAUUACAGUUAGGAGUCCAGUGUUAAACACGACUUGAUGCCUGUUGAAGAAGGAGUGACAAGAGGAGCUCAUCGGAAUAUGAGUUAGGACCGACGUAUUGGAGAUUGACUAACGCAAAUUCUUAACAAAUUUAUGUUUUGUUUUCCACAAUAGGAGGACAUUUUUAUCAGGAGAGGGAGACGCGUUUUAUGAAAGAAAAAGCGGAGAGAGGACGGUUCAGGAACACACUGUCCUCUCCCUAGAGAGGCUCCUCUUCUCUUUUCACCCUGUUUGCCCCACACGGAGAGACCCAUACAGACAUGGAUGUAGGGGCUGAUCCGCCUCGGUGGAUGCACCACCAUGCCGUGCUGAACGGCCAACACCCGGACUCGCACCACCCUGGCCUUUCGCACAACUACAUGGAGCCCACCGCACAACUUCUGCCCCCGGACGAGGUGGAUGUUUUCUUUAACCAUCUUGACUCGCAGGGAAACCCGUACUACCACAACUCAGCUCAUGCGCGGGCCAGAGUGUCCUACAGCCAAGCUCACGGUAAGACCUCAAAUUCACUUUGCUAAGUAACUUACAUUUCAGGAUAAAGCAGGAAUUAUUGUGGGCCUAUAUUCAUUUAAUAUUUUCGUCAAAAUUGUCAGAGCGGAUUAGAGCCUAUUUUUCUCAAAUCAAUAAAACAUUAUUAAAGGCUUCUUCUGCAAAAGAGGUCCUGCAUGUUCCAAUGCACUUACUAGACCAGAUAUCCAGAUAUCUUUUUUUAUCAUAAAAAAAAUAAAAUAACAAACAUUUCUGGGGUUAUCGUUUCUCUGUUUUUGUCUGAAUACCUGCAAACUGUGUAUUUUGUGCCCCUCACGAAUCGAAUAAUACCUUUUACGCACAAUGAGGGAUUAUUGUCACUGUGCAUCAACAGGUGAAUGACUGGUGUCCCAACUUUCUCUAAUCCUAUGACAUCACAUAAUCAACAGGGCAAUGACAGUUGUAAUAACCAUAUAAUUAGUCUGUUUGUGUAGGCCUAUGUAUUCCAUCUAAAAACAUAUUUUUCAACUCUUCUUCCAGCUCGCCUCGCUGGGGGUCAGGUCUGCCGGCCACAUCUCAUCCAUAGCCCGGGAAUUUCAUGGCUAGAGCCCGGCAAAGCAGCCCUCUCAGCGGCCCACCAUCACAACGCAUGGGCGGUCAGUCACUUCAGCAAGACCGGGCUGCAUUCCUCAGGCUCCGGGGCUCCGGGCGGCCUAUAUCCCUGCAGCAGCAACGCCAGCACCGCCUCGGCCUCCUCGUUAACGCCCGCAUCCCAUUCGAGUCCACAUCUCUACAGUUUCCCCCCUACCCCGCCGAAAGAUGUCUCCCCAGACCCCGGGGCCACCUCUCCCUUGUCCUCUACCCCGAGAAUGGACGAGAAGGAGUCUAUCAAGUACCACAUGUCCCUUUCUGACGGCAUGAAGAUGGAGGGUUCCAGUCCUCUCCGGAGCAGCCUGACCUCAAUGAGCGCCCAGACCCCCUCCACGCACCACCCCAUACCGACCUACCCCACGUACUCUCUCCCGGCAGCGCAUGACUACGGGGGCAGUCUCUUCCACCCUGGCAGCCUACUCGGAGGAUCAUCCUCCUGCUUCACCCCGAAAUGUAAAAGUAAAACUCGGUCGUGCUCAGGUGAGUCUCCUCUCAACUCUAAAAUGUGGCAUUUCAAAUGUUUGUACUACAGAACAAAAGGAUGAUGACAUAGCCUAAUGACGAUGGCAAUACUUUAUAUUAAUAUUAUUAUUAUUAUUAUUAUGAUUGUGAUUAUGAUUAUGAUUAUGAUUAUUGUUAUUAUUGUUAUUAUUAUCAUCAUUAUUAUUAUCAUUAUUAUUAUGACAGAACACACCGAAAUUACGUUGUUUGACUAGGCUUAUAGGCUAGGUAUAUUUAUAUUUUAGCGUUAUCACAGGUUUGUUGUAUCUAAACCCAUAAUUGAGUUAAAAACAAAUAGCAUAUGUUAAAACAAGAAUAAUAUGAAAUAUUUGUCCUAUGCCAUGUUUAUAUUAAGGAGAAAGUGUAUCGAAUGAUUGCCACUGAUAGCAAACUAGAACACAGUUUAAACUAAAAACAGAAACUUCGGCAAUUUUUAGACCAAAGCUACUUAUGUAGGUAUAAAUAUAUAUUAGCCUAUAAAAAUACAUAUAUAAUAGCUAGCCUAGAAUUAAUAUAUUAUUUUAUAUAAUAAUUGAUAUAUUAAUGCCUAUGUUUAUUGAACAUGCAUGAGAACAUUUUCCCAAAUAUGCUGUUCUAUAAGACUGGUCAUUUGUGACAAAUAUUCUGAAUGAAACGUCUUUGGCAUUUUCAAAACCUCCAGUUUAAUGCAAUUUGAUUUACUUGGUUAGCAAACUUUCCAUUAACGUCCUUAGAAAAGGGUGACAAUUCAUUACAAUAAGCCUCGACGUGGGGUGUGCAGGGAUAAUUGGGAUGAGGUUACAUCUUAUCUGGGUGCAUGUUGUCAGCAACUCCUUUCAUAGCUAUUUUCACACACACCGGUUUUUUUUGUAUCCAAAAGUAAACACAAUCCGCUUCAAAGAACCAGUAGGAAACUGUAGGCCCCUACACACAUACACAUAAAGCAGUGUCACAUAUCCACAUAAUAGUAAUCCUGUAUGUGAAUUGCUUUACAUAGCCUAUGGAUGAAGAAUGGUAUCUCAAUCUUUUCAUCCCCAUGAGGACAAAAGCAGAUAUUAUAGUUAACUAUAAUAGACUAAUUAUAUAUAAAAAGUCUAUCAAUAACUGUUCAUUUGUUAUAGGGGGGGGGGGGGGGGGGGGACAGAUACACCAAUAAGAUGUGGUUUGAGGUUAUGAUAUACAGUGUCCUCUUCGUCGAUUUUGUCUGGCCUUAUUUAUGCAGUCACGUUUUUAAACAGUAGGCCUACUCCCUAUAGGCCUACCGUUUCCUCUUUAUUAGGCCAAUUGAUCAUAUCAAAUCUGCAUAUUUUUUAACAAUACAAAUCGGUAAUAUCCACAUAUGUAGUAUAAUUAUAAUGAUAGGCUUCGUCUAAUAAUGAUGAGAAACCCUUCUUAUUGUAAGCUGUGAAGACACAACUUUCCCAGUGUCCCAGGUCUGAGUAAUGAAGGGCCUAGGCGAAUAAAUUGCUUAAGCCUAUUUGGUUGGAAGGGACAGGUAAAGCAUACUGCCACGCCUCACGCACCGCACACAACCAAGACCUGUCGUUUGGCUGCGCGCGGGCGCGCUUUGUCUGACACGUUUAUUAUCCUCUUUUGUAAACCGCGACUCAAUUACGCUCGAGCUGGCUCGCCCUUGAGAAUGGCGAACUAGAUGUGAAAAGAAGAUCUGCUUGCGCAUAUAGCCAAAAACCUCAGUAUUUACAAUUAGCCAUUUCUUUGUUACAUAAUAUAACAUUGUCAAGACUUACAUUUGGCAAUCAGGCUGAGCUGAUUGCCUUCAAGCAGCCCCCUAUCUUAUAAACUGUCUCUCUUAUACUGAGCACCAGUAUUAAUUUGUUAGAGAAAGAAAGCGGCAACAAAAAAAUCAAUUCACCACAUUUCAGAAAUAGGGAUUAAAUGUCUCAACAUAAACACCAAGAGUAUUCUUAAAAAUAAAAUAAAAACAUCUGUCACUGUGGUAUUAUGGUCAUUCUCAGACAAAGGCACAACUUCCAUCAGGAAGACCCAGCUAGGUGUUUGGUAGUGAAUCCUCCUUCCUGAUAGAUCCUGAUAGAUUGAUGUGUUAGGGGCUCUCCCUGACAUCAUGCAGGAAUAGUCUGUCCUGUUUCUAGGAGCCUUUCUCUGUAGGGAUGUCCAGUACUGGUGCCUUGCAGGACCAUAGAACGCUAUAGCGUCACACUAUUAUGGUGAAGGCCCUGAUCAUGCAUACCUUAGAGGCACUUCCUGUUUGACUAACCCUAAUCCAGGCCCCCUUCCUCUCUCUCCUCUCAGUCUCCCCCUUUUUUCUCUCACUCCUUCUCUGGCUGUCCAUACUCAGCAUUAUCUGGAGACACCAACAGAGGCAAAGGCCCACAAGCACGCUAGUAUUACCUCUACUAAUCUAGACUGACAAUAUGAUCCACAUUAUAAGCAGCACAAACAUGUAAAAAUGGCUACCUUUCUUUGCACUGUGGUUAGGUUACUUUGAAUAAGGAAUGGUCACCUUUCCUAAGAAUUCCGAUUUAAAGUGAUUCAGAGCAGGCCAUUAUUUAGCCUAUAUAAAGAUGAGCUGAUGAGGCUGAGAGAGGAACAGGGAGAUGUUGAUUAUCAGACCAUCUUUGCCACAUCUACAUGCACACACACACACACACACACACACACACACAAACACACACACAAACACACACACACACACACACGGUCAUCUACUAAAGGUUGAUUUUUACCCUACUGUAUAUACGGGGAGGAAAAUCAUUGCAAUCAAUGUUCCCUCCAUUUUAUUCCAGCUCUGAGCAAAUUUCAAGUCUGCUGAGUGCAAAGUUGAACAUUGUGAAAAUUCUGUGCAACUUCUGCCGUGCGUUUACUGUGAACACUGAGGCUGUACCCACUUUAAGUUACAGUUUUAACAGUGGCCAAGUAAGCUACUGUGGCUAUUUGAUCAUAAUGUAGGCCUACCAGAGUGGCCUACCAUCAAAAACAAUGGAGAAAAAUGCAUCCCAUAACAUUUUAACAUGGAAAUAGCUGUUCUAUCAUUCAGCCUACAGUAGCAGCAAAUGUGUGUUGUUCAAUGUAGGCCUACAUUUAAUGAGACUUUUGAAAAAAACAUGCAGGGUUUGACAUUAACCUGUUUAUCCACUUGUCCUUUAGACAUGGAGGUGACUGAAAAUAUUGUGUUGUUUGAUGCAAGAAACCACUUUACAAAAUAACAUUCAUUUUUAUUCCAAUACCAUUAUUACAGAGAAUCAGACAAAUUAUGCUACCCUCUACGUAUUGCAGAGCUUAUUCAACCUUCAAGACCACUCAAAAUACAACACAGCUCUUGCAUCUACUUGUGACCACUUAUGCAGCACUCAUGCAGUUCAGUUCAAAGUGAAUGGCACAGAUCCAUAUAUGGCAAUGGCUAUUCGCAUAUAUAUGUCUACUGCAGCUCUGAUUAGUUAUGGUGCACCGGUCUGUGUAGAGCAGGUUUGCCCAACCCUGUUCCUGGAGAGCUACCCUCCUGUAGGUUUUCACUCCAACCCCAGUUGAAACUAACCUGAUUCAUCUUAUCAACCUGCUAAUUAUUAGAAUCAGGUGUGCUAGAUUAGGAUUGGAGCAAAAACCUACAGGACGGUAGCUCUCCAGGAACAGGGUUGGGCAGUCCUGGUGUAGAGUAUGGGCCUGAGUCGUGCUUGUCAAUGCAGUAGAAUCCUACUCCAAUGCGCUCUGCCUACAAGAAAAUGUAUUGCAUAGUUCAUUUUGUUUCAGUAUGUUACAUUGGAAGUGGCUAAUAUUGUGUUGAAUCGAGCACAAUUCCCACAGUAGAGCGAAACGUUGAUAGAGUUAAUUCAAGGGGAAAACUCUAGAAAGUUGAGUGAAGUUCAAUCUUGUGCUUCUCUGUGCGUGCUGAUAUUUCUUCUGCAUGGCACAGUUUAGUGGGAACAUUGAUUGCAAUCACAGCAAAAUGAACAGAAACGUGAGAGAUAGUCUGCAUUUCAUUGUGGGUGUACGGGUGCCCCUGUCUGAAACAUACCUGGGUCCCAGCUGACCCAAAACGGACAGGGAGGAACUUAACCAGAUCAAACAGAACAAAGCCUGGCCACAGCAUUUUCAUGUUGUUAUUCCAAGAGUCUGCAGAGGGUUAAACACACACUUUCUCUCUCUCACACAAACUUCAAACCAAAAUCACUCAGCUUUCUCAUAUACAUAUGAAUUCAAGAACAGAACUAGAGAGUAUAACUUAGAAACUAAAAAUGAAUUCUCAAAACUUUUCCCAUGCUUCGGUGCACCUAAAAAUAUGCAGUCCUGGCAUAGCGUUCCAGACAAACUUACAUUACAUUUUUCUAAAUUGUAUAUUUCACUGCUACAGGUUACAGAGUUUUUGUGUAUGAUAAAUGUGCCAGAGUUGACAGGUUAAUUUUAUAAAUGUCCCUGUGCUCUCCCUCCACCUGCAUGCUGCUCAGAGGGGCGUGAGUGUGUCAACUGUGGAGCCACCUCUACCCCGCUGUGGCGAAGGGAUGGUACGGGCCACUACUUGUGUAACGCCUGCGGCCUGUACCACAAGAUGAACGGUCAAAACCGACCCCUCAUCAAGCCCAAACGUAGACUGGUGAGUACCACGGAACCCCACCCCACCCCCCCACACACACACGCGCACACAUACACACACAGAGAGAGCAUGGAGUGCAGAGGCAAAUAAGAGCACAAGGUGGAGGAGACGGACGAGGAGGGCCACAAUUCCAGGAAAGUUAUAUUUUCCCAAUCAGUUUCCGGGAAUUGUGUUUCCCACUCACCCCUGUGCUCCUGUACACAGGCUGUUAGCUGAGUGCAGCUAACUGUGUUGUUUCUGCUAUCGUUAUUGUUGCUACUUCUGAUACUGUCACUGAUACCAGGGCCAGUGCAGGCCUCUAUAUCAUCCCUCACUAUACAGCUCACUGUUGCUGUCUGCUGUGGAGGCUGUGUGGGCGACUGGUGCACCACACACCUUGUGUUAUUCAGUCACUUUCUGCCCUUAUACCAGUCACACAUACUGUAUUAGGUAAUAAAAAGGAAACAUUAUAGACCUAUGUGUUUCUUUUCUCUGUGAGUGAAUAUAUGUGACUUGUUUGCAACACACUUGUCUUUCUGGCAAAUGCUGGACUGGGCCUGCUUGGCUGCUUGGCUGAUGUCACAUUGUGUACUUCUCAUCAUGAACUCAUUUCAACAUCAAUGUUGUGUUUUCCUCUGAGUUCAGCAGCCAGGUCAGAUCCAGACUGAUAUAGCCCAGUCAGACAGCAGUUCAAUGGACUAUGUAAAUGUUGUAAUUACUGAAAACAGUCAUCUUAGACUUAAUGUGCUGGUGACUCCAUUGAUUGCAAUUGUUUUCUUCAUUUGUUGGGGUUAAAAUUAAAAUAUAUUCUUUACAUGUUACAGUAUCUAUAGCCCUGAGCUAAUCAGACUUUAAAGCACUUGGUCUCAACAGUAACAUAUGCGCAAUGAAGAUGGCACAUAUAUGAAACUCUGCGAUGGAGGGAAUUGAUAUGAUGACCCAAUGAGAUGUAGAAACCAGAAGAUAUAGAUAAGAACAGAACAUCAGAUGUGAUUUAGAUUAUAUUAUAUUGCGUGAUGGCCAGUCGGAUUUGCAUCAAAUACAAAAAGCAAAUAAAUACGUUUCUCUAUGGCCUGUUGAAAGAUAAAUGAGGGACAAAAAAAUUAUAUGCAUAAAUGACAAAAUAACUCGAUUCAAGAUAUGAUCUGAAUAUUUCCUGUAUUUCUAACAUUUUGAAUAGCCCACAGCUACCGUUAGCGGGCGUAAACCUAUUUGCAUGUAGACUAAUACAUCAAUAGCAUAAGAAGAAGAAGAAUGGUAGACAUAAUGUAAAAUAGCAAAUAAUAAUAACCAUAAAAGUAUUUCACUGAGCUAUAAUUUCACUCGGCUCAUAACCUCUCGAUAAUUGAUUUAUUCUGGCAACUCGUGGUUGAUUUUCGCAAGAGUAUUUUUAGAGAAAUUACUGUAAAACGAACUGAGCCUAUCAGUGGGAGAUCCAUCUAUAGAAAUGAAAUACCUAUGGCUUAUUUUCUGGUAAUUCAUAUUUGAAAAUUGGAUGUAGGCCUAAUUAGGGUAUGCCUAUUCAAAUGAUUUAUGAAUUGGUUCCCAAAUGUCUCAGGAUGCAUAAUAGGAUUAUUCAUAUUUUAAUCAAAGGCUACGGAUACUAGCAUUGAAACGCAUUUAUGGUUGAGACACAAAUAGGUUAUUUAGGCCUACAUAGAGUAUUUCAUGUCGACUACGUUUUUUUUAAGGACCAUCCUAAAGAUCAUAUAAUCCUGUGAGCAUCUUGAUAAGAGAAUGGUCGAGAAAAUAUGGCUGAGGCCAAUACAGACUAUUGACAUACGUUUUCACAAGGUCUCAGCCGACGGCAUAGAGACUGCACAGAUCUGAAUCAGCCAAUGCUGGCUAUACAAAAGGCAUCACCAACGAGACUAUUUAGAGACAUUUGAAUACUAUCUGAAACAUUUGAACACUAUCGUGACUUGAGCUACUUUACAUUGUAAGCAGCAACGCCAUAGGCCUAGGCUAUGAAUCUUUGUGCCUUGACAAAUAAUAGAAGUCCAAAGGAUAUCCCUGGACCACAAUCAAUAUUGCCUAAACGUGCAUGAAAAGCAUAAUAACGUGUAAUACUUUUCCCUUUGGUGCUAAUGUCUGAAAAAUCCAUUCGAUUUUUUUCCCAUACAAGUCAGCAUCUUGAUAAGAGAAUGGUCGAGAAAAUAUGGCUGAGGCCAAUACAGACUAUUGACAUUCGUUUUCACAAGGUCUCAGCCGACGGCAUAGAGACAGCCGACAGCAUACUGCUUUUGUAGCUACUUUUCAGCUCGCGUGUUUUCAGUGCUCGCGCAGGGGCCUUCCAGUUAUUUCCUAUAUCCGGAUAUCUGCCGGUACGGAUAAGGAAGCGGGGCCAGCGCAUGUUUCCGUCCGUGGUGCGCUAACUACACUUAAAUUUCUAUAGCAGUGGUCAAGCCGGUCAGUCCUCAUCUCACAGCAUACAGUAAAGUGGAUUGGCACAACAUUUCAGGCCCCGUUACGUGCAGAGAAAAAAAGCGAGGGAUAUCGAGAUGCAGGCAGGGCGCACGGGGGGGAGGUGAAGUAAAUGGAUUUAUGCCCUGCUGCCUGUCGGGCCAAGGUUAGGGCUCGAGCCUAGACUUAUUUACUUGGAGAUUUGUUUAUAUAGGGCCUGGUUUACACAAAUUGGGGCGUUUCCCGGGGGGGGGGGGCAGUAUGAAAAUGUAUGCACUCACUAACUGUAAGUCGCUCUGGAUAAGAGCGUCUGCUAAAUGACUAAACAUUUUAAAAUGUAGGUGUGUAGGGCCAUGCACUAUUCUGACUGAGGGUUCAGAUUACCAUAUUUCGCUAUAGGGGUAUACUUGUAAAUGUCUCAUAUUAUUAAGUGUGAAGAAACCAUCUGUAAUAGCAGGGGAUCGCAGGCAGCCCGGACACUGGAGGGCCUAUAUCACCCCUCGCUACCUAAUCUCCAUUCAAUAGCAAUGCUUUGCAUCUGAGAGGAAGACCUUUGAUAGUCAGUGUUCAUCACUACUGUGUCUGUGAAAUGAAAACGAUUUCUCAUGCUGGGAGAAAUAUAGACAAUCCAUUACUUUCUUAUAUGAUCUAUUCAGCAUUACUUUUAUAGUAACCCCAUGAUUUAUUAUAAUACUAUCUAGCCAAUGCGUGCUGGCAGCUGAAAAUAACUGGAUAAUUACAAAAAAUAGUCCUGUUAUUAUCGUAUUCGGAAAAUUAUCCAUAUCUGUUAAGAUACUCGUUUUGUCCGAGUACUCGGCACACUCCUUGUUAAUAGAGACCAAUUAAUUCACACAUUAACAAUACAACUAUUUGGUGUAUGUCACGGAUCCCCCGGUACUGCUGCUCAUUCCGUUCAUAAGUUCCGGAGGUCUACGUCACCGGCUUUCUAAGGCGUCACAGACAUGGAUCAUUACCACCAACCCCGGACUGUCUUGUCUCAUUACGCACACCUGGUUCCCAUUCCCCCUGAUUAGUAUGUGUAUAUAUGUGCCUACCUCUUUAAGGAAUACCUGGAAUAGUAUACCAGUAAUCCUUCUACCCUCCCUCCCCCACCCCCCCAUUUUAUUUUUAUUUUAUUUAUUAUAAAACAAAUUACAAAUUAAAUAAAACAUAUUUUUUUUAAAGGAGUGGUUGUCCCACUGGCUAUCCUAAGUUGAAUGCACCAAUUUGUAAGUCGCUCUGGAUAAGAGCGUCUGCUAAAUUACUUAAAUGUAAAUGUAGAAUGUAAAUGUUCCCCGUUGUUCUUGUCGAUUAUUGUCCCCUGUCCGUUGGUCUUGUGAGUACCGGUUAUAAUGCUCUUGUUGUUUACGGGUCUCGUCCCGUGUAAUGUGUAGAGGUUACACCUCGCUCUUUGUUUGGGUUACAUCCCUUUUGUAUAUAUAUACGUGUUUGUGUUGGAUGGAGUAAAUAAAACCCCUAAUACGUAUUCCUGCGCCUGUCUUCAAAUCAUUAUACAACGUGACAGUGUAUUUGAUAAAUAUUCUGUCUGGGAAUGUAAAGACCUGAUAAAUUUUUAUUGCAUACUUCCUUCAGUAUUUCAUGGCAUUGCAAUAAACUAUCAAACUGUCACGCAAUAUGAAUAAAUUACAGCAAUGAUAUGCAAAUCUAUAAUUAUAAUGAACAACUUUAAUCUAAAACAGCAUGGAAUAUUACAUGUCCUCUCUGCUCCUGGCAGCCAAUAUGCAAAUACUAUCUACACACUUUCCAGCACUAAAGUAAUUCCCAACCUUUCAUGUGUUAUGUGUCCGUGCAGUUGUGGUCUAAUAAAGGCUUUCUUCAUGUUUCUAUCCAGUCUGCGGCCAGACGAGCCGGCACCUGUUGUGCUAACUGUCAGACGACCACCACCACACUGUGGAGGCGCAACGGCAAUGGAGACCCUGUGUGCAACGCCUGCGGCCUGUACUACAAGCUGCACAACGUAAGUCUUUCACUGCUAACCGCCUGGCCUGACCGACCGCCAGCCCUACCCACACUCAGCCAGCCAGGUCAAGUAUAUGGACAGGUUGCAUUGAUUAGAACGGGAUAAGAAAGAGGGAUAGGGAAUGAGGGAGGGAGAGAGGGAUGCAUAGCUUGGCCCCUCAGACACACUGGGCCCCGUUGGUGUUUUCUUUCUUUGUGCUUUAUUGUUUCCAUGGUAGGCGUCAUCCCCUUGAGACUCACAAUGGUGGGACUGUUAUUCUGACAGAACAACUGCGUCUGUUCAAAUGAGGCACAACUGUUGAAUGUUGAGCCUUGGUGUAUUGCCAUGUAUUAAAUUGAAUAUGGCCUAGUUUUAGGGAAUAAGCUGCGUACCGUUUCUGCAUGUUAUUUUCAGAGUAUUUUAUUUAUUUAGAAAAAUAGGCAAAUUAGUGUGUCUAGAGUUCUCAUGACAAAAAUAUAGUUUUCAGGUAAUAUACAGUAUGUCAUUUCUGCACAUAGUCCAUUAAGCUCAAACAUAUUGAGUUGAUUAAAAACCCUUACCACCAUCCCAACCCGGUGACUCAUCUCUCCCUCCAACCCCGUCUCCCUACAGGUAAACCGGCCUUUGACAAUGAAGAAGGAAGGCAUCCAGACACGCAACCGUAAGAUGUCCAACAAGUCUAAGAAGGGCAGGCGGGGCGGCGACGGUUACGAGGAGAUGUCCAAGUGCAUGCACGACAAGUCCUCUCCUUUCAGUGCUGCCUCCCUGGCCGGACACAUGACCCACAUGGGCCACCUGCCACCCUUCAGCCACUCCGGACACAUGUUGCCCACCCCCACACCCAUACACCCAUCCUUCGGCCACCCCCACCACUCCAACAUGGUCACCGCCAUGGGCUGA